UAGCCAGCCAACCCGAGCUUUAAUUGCAGGGAAUCAAGUAACUUCAUCCUUGAAAAAUUCCAUUUUAAUAUAUAUAUAUAUAUAUACACCUACCUAUAUAUAUAAUAUAUAUAAGGCAUCCGUCGGUCAAGAUGGUCUACGUUCGUCAGGAAUUCCUGCCGAAUCUAAAGGCAUAUAAGUACUCGGGCGUCGACCACUCGUUGACGUCCAAAUACAUCCUGAAGCCCUUCUACUCCAAUGUCGUCAUCAAGUGCUUCCCCAUGUCCAUGGCCCCCAACCUCAUCACCUUGACGGGCUUCAUGUUCAUCGUCGCCAACUUCUUCACGCUGUUGUGGUACAACCCGACCCUCGACCAGGACUGUCCCUCGUGGGUCUACUACUCGUGGGCCGUCGGCCUAUUCCUCUAUCAGACUUUCGAUGCGGUGGAUGGGGCUCAAGCACGACGGACGAGACAAAGCGGUCCCCUCGGCGAGCUAUUCGAUCAUGGCGUCGACGCCCUGAACACUUCUCUCGAAUGUCUCAUCUUCGCCGCCUCUCAGAACAUGGGACAGAGCUGGUAUACCGUUGCUUCGCUCUUCGCCUCCCUCCAGACUUUCUACGUCCAGACCUGGGAGGAAUACCACACCGGAACCCUCACCCUCGGCAUCGUCAACGGUCCCGUCGAAGGCAUCCUGAUCAUCGUGUUCGUGUACGCGCUCACCGGAUACUUGGGCGGCGCCUCCUUCUGGCAGCAGCCGAUGCUCGAGACGCUGCACGUGCCCAAGUCCCUCGGCAUCCCCGAGUACCUGUACAAGCUGUCCUUCACGCAGUGGUACAUGGUGCAAGGCGUCGUGGUCAUGGUCUUCAACACGGUCGAGAGCGCACGCAACGUGAUCCGCGCGCGCCGGGCUCGUGGCGACCGCAGCCGCUGGGCCCUGCUCGGCCUGCUGCCCUUCGCCAGCACCUGGGCCCUCGUCGCCGCCUACCUAUACCUGCAGCCCGUCAUCCGCACCCAGCACCUCGUGCCCUUCGCCCUCUUCGCCGGCUUCGUCAACGCCUACAGCGUCGGCCAGGUCAUCACCGCCCACCUCGUCAAGCUCCCCUUCCCUUACUGGAACGUGCUCGCCUUACCCUUGGCCUACGGCGUCAUCGACUCCCUCGGCCCCGUCCUCCAGUCCCACUUCGGCUGGGCCUCGGGCUGGCCCAGCGCCCUCGGCGACGGCGCCUACCAGGUCGCCUACAUGUUCUGCAUGUUGGGCAUCGCGAUCGGCGUGUACGGGUCCUUCGUGGUGGAUGUUAUCGUUACUAUCUGCGAUUACUUGGAUAUCUGGUGUCUCACGAUCAAGCACCCGUACGUCGAGGUCGCGGAACCUGCCAAUGGGAAGAAGGUGAACUGAAAAAAGAGAAUGUGUGUGUGUGGAAGUAGAGAGACGUAGGUACCUAAGGUUAUAUAUUAUUAUCCUAGAGGAUGGGGAUGUGAAAUGCCGUGGUAGUACCUAAGGGUCCAUCUUCUCUGAAUUAUAAGGAGCAGACCAG